GCCGUCUCUUCUCUGACUUGGAACCCAGCGUGGAUAAGCACUCGAUCGAUCUACUCCCUGCCAAUGCAAAGAAGCGUACAAAAGCCGCUGCACGCGUGAGUUGUCAGUUUGUAGCACUCAGCUCGGUGGCAGCUUGGGGGCACUGCCAAAGUGGGUAACUGCCAUACAUGGAUUUUAUUCCAGUGCAUGUUUGUCACUGUUUCCUGCAUUGAGAGAAGAAUUCGGUAUAGUAUGCUACUCUCUAGCUGCUUCAAUUCAAUUGUUGGACAUGUACCUUACGGCUUACACUCUCUGCUAGAUUCUGUGUCAUUGGUCCAGUAGGAGAUAUUUUCAUCUACCUCUGUAGUGUAGUCUGUACAUAUAGACAAGUGUCUCAAUGAUGCAUGUGUCACGGGGCAUAAUUAGAAUUAACCUGUCCCAGCAGGCCUCUGAGUAGUAGUGGCCUAUCCUAAUCUCGGAUGUGCCAUGGGUUUUGUCAAUAGCAUGUGGGCCCAGUUUCCCAUUUCGAUCAGCUUUACACACACAUGUCAGCAAUCUAGCUAGGCAGCUUCUAGUUUUCCCCUUGCUCUGGACACAAUAAUACUAAUUACAAACGUUGUUCAAGGAGGUGAUGCUGUUCCAGCACGAGUUAAACUUGUCUUGGUUCCGUACUGAUUGCGGUGUGCCCGUGCCUACCACAAUACUCCACCGGUCGAAGCGAACGCCAUAGACCCAUAGUGCGCAAUCAGCUAGUCCCAUAUCCAUCGGUGGUUGUAACCAUUUUGUUCACUCCUGUUUUUGACCUACACAAGUAGUGUACAUUUCCUUCCUCGGAUACGACCUGCCUGCAGGCAACCUCAAGGAGUGACGACGGCUAUAAGAGGACCGGGAGUGCUCGCCGCUUGACUCGGCGAGCGAGAGCUGCACUGCACAGCGAUCGAAAUACAAAGAGAUCGAGAGGAGCUAGGAGCCAUGGGAGAAGAGAAGCAACGGGAUGGCCAUGCUGGGAAGAACAAGUAUGCCGUGGCGUGCUCCAUUAUCGGCUCCAUCAUCUCCAUCCUCAUGGGAUACGACACGGGCGUGAUGAGCGGCGCGAUGCUCUUCAUCAAGGAGGACCUCAAGACCAACGACACGCAGGUGCAGGUCCUCGCCGGCAUCCUCAACGUCUGCGCCCUCGCCGGCUCCCUCACCGCCGGCCGCGUCUCCGACUGGGUCGGCCGCCGCCUCACCAUCUCCCUCGCGGCCACCAUCUUCCUCGCGGGCUCCGCGCUCAUGGGCCUCGCGCCCAACUUCGCCACGCUCCUGGCCGGCCGCUGUGUCGCGGGCGUCGGCGUCGGCUACGCGCUCAUGAUCGCGCCCGUCUACGCGGCCGAGAUCUCGUCCGCCGAGAUCCGCGGCUCCGUCACGUCGCUGCCCGAGAUCUGCAUCAGCUUCGGCAUCCUCGUCGGGUACGUGGCCAACUACCUGCUCGCCAAGCUGCCGCUGGUCUACGGCUGGCGCGCCAUGCUCGGCCUAGGCGCGCUGCCCAGCGCCGUGCUCGCGGUCGGCGUCAUCGCGAUGCCGGAGUCGCCGCGGUGGCUCGUCAUGCAGGGCCGCGUCGAGCCGGCCCUCGCCGUGCUCCGGCGGGUGUGCGACACCGCGGGCGAGGCCGACGUGCGCCUCGCGGAGAUCAAGGUCGCGGCGGGGAUAGCAGCUGACGCCGCUGCGAGUGCGCCCCACCAACCGAGCAGUGUCGGCAAGGGCGUCUGGAGGGAGAUGUUCCUGCACCCGACGCCGCCCGUCCGGCGUAUCCUCGUCGCGGCCUUCGGGGUCCACUUCUUCCAGCACCUCACGGGCAUCGAGGCCGUGGUGCUCUACAGCCCGCGCAUCUUCAAGGCGGCCGGCAUCGCCACACGCAGCGAGAUCCUCGCGGCGACCAUCGGCGUCGGCGUGACCAAGACGGUGUUCAUCCUGACGGCCAUCCUGCUCGUGGACCGCAUCGGCCGGAGGCCGCUCUACCUCUCCAGCCUCGCGGGCAUCGUCGCCUCGCUGGCCUGCCUCGGCCUCGGCCUCACCAUCGUCGAGCGCUCGGCGCCGCACCACUCACCGGCGUGGGCGGUGGUGCUGUCCAUCGCAACGGUGUUCACCUUCAUAGCGUCCUUCUCCGUCGGCGUGGGGCCCAUCACCUGGGCGUACAGCUCGGAGGUGUACCCGCUCCGGCUGCGCGCGCAGGGCGCCAGCGUGGGCGUGGCCAUCAACCGCGUCAUGAACGCCGGCGUGUCCAUGACGUUCGUGUCGCUGUACAAGGCGGUGACCAUCGGCGGCGCUUUCUUCCUGUUCGCCGGGCUGGCCGUGCUGGCCGCCACGUUCUUCUACUUCCUGUGCCCCGAGACGCAGGGCCGGCCCCUGGAGGAGAUCGAGGAGGUUUUCAGCCGCAGGUGGCGCGAACGGCUUCGGUCACCGGCGAUGGCGGUGGAGCUUCCGGUGUCCAACGUCCCCGACGGCAAGGCGGGGCCGUGAUGCGUUAGCAAUAAAUGUGCAUAACCCAUGUGUUUAUAGGAAAAAAAUUCUCUGCGGCUGUGCCGCACCGCGCCCUGGUGCGAGACCGCCCAGCAUGCACGCACGUGUUUAUAUGUCAAGACUUCUCAUUUGGGAUGGAAUAUUCCGAUGGAAUUAUGACGGUUAACUUUUCAAAGGCUGAGCAAUACACAGCUGAGUUACACGCUCA